AAGUCUUAUUCUGAGUUUGGAUGGUCAUUCAUUGCUGUCUCAUCAUGAGGAUUCAUCUGUUCUUUGUUCUGUUUUCAGUUCUGAGUCUCCAUGUCAGCUCUCAGCCUCCCAAGUUUUACUUUAUUCCUGUGAAUAUGACCUGGACGACCGCACAAACAUACUGCAGACAACAUUACACUGACCUGGCCACCAUUAAUGACCAGACGGAUGUCAGUGAGAUCGUAAAAGUUGUACCCAAAGAUAUGCAAAGUAAAUAUAUAUGGAUUGGACUCUAUAAGACAGAUGCAGGAGCUCCAUGGAUCUGGUCUGAUCAGAGCAGCUUCACGUUCAGAUGGUGGGCUUCUGGACAGCCGAACAACUAUAAUGGCAAACAAUUCUGUGCGUCAACAUGUACUGAUGGAUUCUGGUGCGAUGAGGAUUGUAGUGUUGAAUACACUUCCAUCUGCCACAAAGAGAUAAAAACACAGAUUGUGCGAGUUGAAAUAAAAUCAAGUCAAAAUGUGAAUGAUCCUGAAGUGAAGAAGGAGAUUUUAAAGAAGAUUGAGCAGAAACUGAACGAGAAGGGGUUUCCAGAAAAUGCAACACUGUCAUGGACAAACCAAUCAGAUGGAAAUGUCUUCCAAAAGAAGGUCCAGAAGAACGAUACCACUGAUCAGACUUGCCAUUAAACAGUGAAGAAACGCAUAAGAAAUUAUAUUUGCAUGGGAAUAAUAGUAUAGUAAUAACUGAAUGCUUGUGCUUUUUCAUAAGCUGAUUAGGUAUAUGAUUGAGAUGCUGAAAGUCAUUGAUAUUUCUUAAAGUUUCAAAUAGUCCAUAGUAUAAUCUGUAUACAGCAGUUAUAAAAUGCAAUGCAAACAAAGUGUGAAUUAUGGGGGUGGGCUUUGACCCUCCUAAUUAUGUCUUGUUCCCCCCUGAAAGACAUCAAAACAAUAUUAAUAUACAGAGCAUCCAGAAAGUUUUCACAGCGCUUCACUUUUUCCACAUUUUGUUAUGUUACUGCCUUAUUCCAAAAUGGAUUAAAUUCCUCAAAUUCUACAAACAAU